GCCAAUGGCAAUGACAUGCGAAAGAUGUGCAUGCCCUGAUGAUAUCAUUCCGAACCAGAUGUAUCUCACACCAGUGAGUCUUUUAUAGAUUGCCUUUCCUCACUAAAACCAGAAGACUGAAAAAGCUGAGAAGGUACUAGCUAGCUAGUAGACUAGACUCGGUACUACAGUAGUCAAGAUGAUGGUCCAUAAGAGUACCAACGGCAAGAUCAACCACAAGGAAGAAAAUGAACGAAUGAUCCGCUUGGAUGACGCCGUCGACGAGCCGAUGGAUGAUGAUGAUGAGAAGGAUACUUUGAGCAGCAAUCAUCAUCACUCUCUUCCGGAGCAUCACAUUCCUUUUUCAGCAGCCGAACAAGAAGAUCACAAGCCAUGGCACUUUAUUAUUUCCACCAAGAAAUACAUCCACACGACGUUGACUGCCGUAUUGGCAUUGUCUCUGGUGCUGGUCUUGGGGAUUGGUCAGUCGUCGUCGUCGUCGAGAGCAUCUUCCAGUGCUGCUGCUACCGUUGCGGAUAGCACUACUACAGCCACUGGCAAGAUACCCUGGGCACCACUUCCCGACUUUUCCCAACCCAUUUCUCGCGUGGCAUUUGGUAGUUGCAUGAAGGAAGACAUGCCCAUGCCCUUUUGGGAUACACUGCUCGAGUUCCAUCCGGAUGUUACCAUUUUGGGAGGAGAUCAAGUUUACACGCAAGAACAAGAUGCCUGCUCCGGACAAGGCAAUUGCACUCUGUUAAAGCAAGCGUACGAUCAAUUGAACAAUCACCCGUCCUUCCAAGGAGCAAAGCAGCGACUCCCAAUGCUUGGCAUGCUCGAUGAUCACGACUAUGGUCUCAAUGAUUGCUAUGCCGACAAUCCCUACAAGGAUAUUGCCAAGGAUCUAUACUUUGACUUUAUGGAUAUCCCCCAGGAUGACGAACGACGUUUUCGCGACAAUGAAGGACUCUACACCAGUUAUGAAUGGGGAUCGGGCGAUCAGAUUCUCCAACUCAUCCUGCUGGACACGCGCUAUUCUCGUUCGGAAUUCCUCUACGACGAUGAAAAAUGGGCGUACACACCGUACGGGCAUGACCAAGAUCACGGCAAACAAUUCCUCAGCCCGGCGCAAUGGGAAUGGUUCGAACAAGUCUUGCAACGACCUGCCAAUGUCCGGCUCAUUCUCUCCACCCAACAGGUAUUGACACAGGGGGAAUGGGGAUUUGAACAUUGGAGUCUCAUCCCGCGAGAACUCCGCAAACUCGUGCGUCUCUUGAAAAAGUACUGCAAACACGUCAAGAAUCCGUCCUUGCCGGUUCUGCUGUCGGGAGAUCGACACAUUGGUGCCCUUUACAAUGAUCCAGCGCUCUGGGACGAACUCUACGAAGUGACAGCCUCGAGCUGGACGCAUACCAUUCCCGAUGGCUGGGAUCCCGAUGGUGUCAAGUGUUCGACGUAUCCCAAUCCGGCCGUUGAUUGCAUCGAACAGGAUCCCACUCGUAUUGGCGACUGGGUGGGUGUCAAUCAUUUUGGAAUGGUCGACGUCGAUUGGCAAGAUCGGACCGUUCAUCUAACUUUGGUGCGAGCCGAAACGUCUCAUGCCUAUUAUGUCAAACAAAAGUGGCAGUACAAUACCGAUGCGGGGCAAGUGCUAAAGUCUCUGUCCUUGGAUAUUCCCUAGAUGGAUGGAUGGAUGGAUGGGGAGAGACCCCUUUUGCAACCACCUCGAGACUGGGUCUAGUGACACGUAUUACUACCAACUGGUAACUUGCCUACUCAGGCUGAUUGAACGUCUUUUUGCAACAACAAGCCGCGAAAGUAGACGUACAUAUCUUUUUUUACACAGUAACCAUGGUUAAAGGUAGAUCUUUUACGAUUC